CUCCUCUGACGUCACGGUUCCCACGGGGAAGAAGGAAAGAUGGCGGCGGUGUUGGAGCGCAGCUUCAUAGAGAUCUGCGGCUUUGAGAGGGAAACUUUGCCGCGCUUCAGAGAAGUCACCGUUAACCUAGAAGUUGCUGCUCUCCCCGGGGGGCAGAAGUUCCCGGACAGCGCCGGAGCAUUUCACUAUGAGGAGAGUGGGAAGCUGCUGUCUGUCACCAGCAACAGAUUCAUUCACUGGUCCACGUCAGGAGACACGGUACAGCUGGUGGAGCAGUCUCUGGACACCAACCUGCUCAACAAUGCCGUCAGACUCAAGUUCAUACACUGCACAGUGCUGCCAGGGGGCGUCGCCAUCCAGGAGACGCUCAACAAUGUCAUCAUCCUUGUCUGCACCAAUCAGACUGUCCACAGGCUUGUGCUGCCCCAUCCAUCACGCAUGUACCGCAGUGAGCUGGUGACGGAGCUCCACAUGCAAUCUGUGUUCACUGAUGUGGGGAAGCUGAGCCUUCAGGACUCCGCCCACAGCGCCAUCAUCCCCAGCUCAGCGGGACUGACAGGAAGUCCUUCACAUCCACAGCCUGGCUCAGUCAGUCUGGAGAGGCUCACUAUGCUGUGGUGCCCCUACUGGAGGCAUCAUGGUG